AUGACCCUCUCGCCUGUGGGAGGCGAUCUUGUCCCCCCCCCCCCCAAUGUCGUCCCUGGCAGUUCCUACGACGGGCGGGCUACGGCGGACUACGAACUACACCCUUUCGCGAUCCCUCCCACUCCCACUGGUGCCCCGGCGGUCUCCACUCUUCCACUGUUCCUCUCCUCGCACUAUCUCUUUACGGAGUUGCCCCGAGUGCCUCGAUCUGGCGUAUCCCGUCCAAAAGGGACCCGGGCCUUGUUCGCCAACCUGAAUGCUUCGGCCCACCGCGCGGUACCUGCAUCCGAAGCAGGAUGGGGCCUUGGGGCCCAGGGCCGCACUGACUCCAAGUGGGGAGGGCCCCCUGGACUGGGGCCUUGUCGGCCAGUGAGGCCAUUUGCGUUGGGACGGACUGGCGGGACGGGCUUGGUCCACGAGACCUCCAUGUGGACGAUAGAUACGCCUUGCCGAGGCCCCUGGACCUGCAAGUCAGGAAAGGUUGACUCCAUGAUUGGCCCAGAUGCGUUCUCUUCUGUUCUUCCUCAUUGCUUAUCGGUCCUGUCGCCGACUGCUCUUUCCUCCGCUGAUCUCAUCACUCAAGAAUGCUGGACGGUGUAUGGCCCGACGACGCCCCGCCCAACCGAGCUUACCACACUAGCCAAGGAUCCACACCCAACCUGGGCAUCGAAAAAGACAGCUCUCCACUUUGAUUUGCUCUGCUCCUCCAUCCACAACUCUGGGCUGCUGCAGGUGCUGCAAUCGUUUGACGCUUUCAACGGGAUGUCUCAGACGCAAGGCUCCUAG